GACGAUAAGAUUGUCACAUACACUGUACGAGAAUAUCCUGUAAGGUUCUCAUUUCUUUCUGCUUCUGCAGCUAUUGAAUGUAAUACGAAAUUAUCCUUAGCAGUUGAACGAAGGUGUGAUUUCAUAAAAUGUGCAAGUAUGUUAUUGCGGAGUUCUUAAAUCUCGUGUCCGAUCCUGGGACAUUAGCUAAUUAAAUAGUGGAUAUUUCCAAGUCAGCAGUGUUUAGUAGUGCCGUGACUUCUAUCUGCAAACAUCUCCGCUCGAAUCAGUGAACAAUAUUGCAAGUUUGCAUGCUCCUCUUUUCCCUCUACGCAUAGAACCACGUACUGGCAAAGAAGGGAACUUGCUUCAAAAGUAAACAAUCAAAAUGGCAGUCGGAAGAGUUGCAGGCACUGGAAACAUUGGUUAUUCUUCCAACUAUAGGACCGGAGGCCGAUCCUAUCAUGGAGGAAUAAAUGAAGAAAUAAUAUGGAUUAGUAUUGGGAUGGCUGUGACCAUCGCAAUACUAAUCACACUGGCGCUGAUUUACCUGGCAUAUGAAAAAUGUCAAAAACGGCGGCAACGGUACAUACAGGCGUGAAAAGAAGUUAAACAUGCGAAUCACGCCAUUAUGAUCCGCGCAUCAGGGUAAAAAGCAAGCUCUUCAUGCCCCAAAUACGGCCAAAAGAUAGUAAGCAUUUAAAAAUAAAAUGCACAAAUAGCAAUUCUCUACCACCACUAAAGGACCAAGAUAAAUAAAAUAAUGCCUCUUGAAGGAUGCACUAAAAAAAUCAAGGAUUAAUGUAAGGAGAUGAACUUAAACGAAAUGUAGCCUAGAAUAAACCCGAGAGGAAUAAUUAAAUCAGACAAAAGCUAAUACCAAAUACUUUUUAAAAGCUAUAUAUAUAUAUUUAUAUAUAUACAUAUAUAAAUUUAUAUAUGAUGUAUCAUUAUAUCAGCGACCCCAAGGAUACGAUAUAUUCAGUUAAUCUAAGCUCAAAUUGUGACAACUUUCGUUAUAAAUUAUUGCAGUCUGAAAAACAACUUGCCCAAAUGUAGUUGGUGGUGUAAAAACACAAAUUUGAACUGUAUUGUUACAUAUGGAUAUUUAUAUGCAAUUUUAACGUGAAGUGAAGGAAACUAGCAGCAGAUAAUUCAAGCAAAUUCAAACGGUUGAGUUUGAAUGUAGAAUGUUAUAGCAUAGCAGGAACAGACAAGGAAAAGCAUGGAAAAAUACAAUGUAUUUGCUCUGAGCCAAAAUCUGUAACCAUUGUUAACAGGUGUAUCCCACCCCCACCUUUUUGUAUUCAAAAACUGUCUUUCUGUCCAGUCUCUCUCGUCCAUAAACCAUGUUGAAACGCAUCCCUAUUGGCAUGAUGAACAAUCCUAAAUUAUGCAAUGGAAACGUACCCGUAUCUCAGCACGGUUGGAACAUUAGUAAGAUCUCUAAAUGCUAGUAGACGCACUAUAUUGACUUGAAAUCUUAAUUUUAACUUUCUGAGUAAGUACCCCCCUCAUACUUCCAUUAAAUCAUAAAUUGAACCCGAAAUUUGUCGUUUUAAUAAUGCUAAAAUCCAAUUAUUGUU